AUGCGCAAGAAGAGUACUUUUAUUUUACCUCCUUUAGAAAAUUAAAAAAUUAUAGCUAUCAAUAAAUAAGUCAAGAAAGAUAUCUCAGAAUAACAUAAUGCUAUGGAAUCUGUAAGAUUAGAAAUUAAUUCAAUUGUUUCUCUCAAAUAUUAGGCUUAAAUCAAAUCUAUUUCUCCGACUCGAUUUAAUAGAAUCCAUACCAGCUAAUCCUUACAUUAACCAAUAAUUAAUUAACCCAUAAAAAAAAUAGAGGUUAUGUAAUCUUCUUUCGAUUUUUUAUAAACCAUUAAAAAAAGAUUCUUAAAAUCUUCUAUUGAACCUGAAAAUAUUGAAAUGUUAAAGUGGUACUAACAAGAAGAAUAUUAUGAAUUAUAAGAAUACUUUGAGAAGAAUCCGAUUGAUUAAUUUAUUCAAGGAUUGACAUUACUUUAUAGAGCAGUCAAGCAUGAACAUUUUAAAAUGAUCUAAUUCUUGUUAUCAAAGGUGCUGAUAUGCAUUUAAUUUAAGAAGUUAUUUAUUAAUAAUUAAUUUGAAGAAAUGGCCCUAUCGGUAGAUGAGUCCUUACUUAUUAGCAAAGUAAAUAGUUAAUUGAAAAAUCAAAAAUCUAAUGCAUAUUUGAGUAAUAUAUUCUAAAAUUUUAUAUCUCUCAACUUUAUCUUCUAAUUUUAUCUAAGUUAUUUUAAAUUUAUUAUAAUUCUUUUACUAUAAAUUAAAAUACUCAUUCUUUAAUUGAAUGAUUAACGAAUUUUCCAUUUAACCCUAAAAUUGUGUAUUGGAAACGAUUUCUAAUUCAAAUGA